GCCAGCACUGGGCCCGCGCGAGCGAGCGCACGCACGCACGCAGGCGGCGGAGGCCGCGCACAGCCCCACUACGUAGUGUUUGUUUUUCCUUUCUCUUCCCCUCCCUCUUUCGGCUCACCGAGCCCGAAACAACGCCACCGGGAAAUGCUUCCUUUCCAGCCUCUCGGUUCCCCUACCGCGGGCGGGCGCGCGCAGAGAUGAAGGAGUUCCCUUCCUCAUCCCCCCGCCCCCUUUCAUCACUGGGGCCAAUCGCCGCUGGUAGCUUUACGGCGCAGUCGCACCGGAGUCCCAGACGGGCCAGCCUGGCGGCGGCUCAAGUGCCUCGUAGCACGGAAGCGUGUGCGCGCCUGUCUUGCCAUACUCCAGCCGGGCUUCUGCGCAGUCGUCCAGGGUUCCCUUACCACGCGCCCCUCCCACCCUUUCACCACCGUACUCCUGUCUUUCAGUGGCCGGGGCGACCUAGCGCCCCCUCACUAGCCUCUCUCCCCUACUGUGUGUGCGUGCAGCAGAUUCUUGAGUGUAACGAAUGAAAAGUCGGAACGGAAACAGUUACAACAUGAAGCGUACUGGCAGGAUUUUCAGAUUCGUACACAAAAGGGCUCUCCAGAACGGAGGAAUACAGUAACCCUUGGCCUUCCGCUCAGCGCCUUAAUUUCUACCCAGCAACAGACACUUCGGUAAGCCGUAACCAAGGAGGACGCUUCCGGAUUUGAGCAUCUGCAGAAGGCGUGGAGUUGGCCGGGCAUUUGUUGGGCUUGCAACAAGGAUGCUUGUGUGGCCGCCUCAGUUUCGCCCGUGUGUUGAAUGCACAGACCUCGUCCACCUCGGUUUCCUAGCUCAGAGCAAAGACCAACUAAUGCUAGUUGAAUACGGGCAAAUAAGGAAAGGCCAUUGACAUCUUUGAGCAGUUAUACCCGCCUACUUUUUUCUACUUCCAGCUCCAGUGACUCUUAAACUUCCCAAUUCUGCAAGAGCACUGGAUGACAAAGAAUUAUGGAGAAGCGCCUGCAGGAGGCUCAGCUGUACAAGCAGGAAGGGAACCAUCGCUACCGGGAAGGGAAGUACCGACAUGCUGUGAGUAGGUACCAUCGAGCUCUGCUUCAGCUGCGGGGUUUGGAUCCAAGUCUGCCCUCCCCGAUACCUAAUCUAGGACCUCAGGGCCCGGCUCUCACCCCUGAACAGGAAAACAUACUGCACACCACCCAGACAGACUGCUACAACAAUCUAGCUGCCUGUCUCCUUCAGAUGGAGCCAGUGAACUACGAACGAGUGAGAGAAUACAGUCAGAAAGUCCUGGAACGGCAGCCUGAUAACGCCAAAGCCUUGUACCGAGCUGGAGUAGCCUUUUUCCAUCUGCAAGACUAUGACCGGGCUCGGCAUUACCUCCUAGCUGCCAUCGAUAGGCAGCCAAAAGAUGCCAACGUCCGGAGGUACCUCCAGCUGACUCAGUCGGAACUCAGCAGCUACCAUAGGAAAGAGAAGCAGCUCUAUCUGGGCAUGUUUGGCUAACAAAAAAGAAAGAUGCUCCUCUGCUCGAAUUUAGGUGGACUAUGAAAGACCCAUCACGGGGAAACCUGAGCCUUGGCACGAGAAACGAACCCUAUACCUCUGACCCAGGUGGAUUUCUGUUUUGUUUCCAGUUCUGUACAAAUUAUUUGCUACCUACUUUUUUUUUUUUGUCUAUCCAUCUGUAUAUCUGUAUAGCUUUUGAUACAUGUUAUUGGGGAUUUGUGCCUGGAGAAAUACACUCAGAAAACAUUCAUUAGCUAAGAGCGGAAUUAAUCAUCUCUAGCACAGAACUGAAUGAAUGAUGUUGUUAGAUGCACAUCACAGAACAGAGGGUGAACCGAGAACGGAGCAGUGAGGAUAGGCAGAAAAAACUUCCUUCUUUUGUUUUCUCAAAUACCCAAAGCACAAGCUGUAUUUUUUUUGUGAAACCUGACAAUUAUAAAUGGGCCUACGUGUCCUAAAAUGAAGGAUUUGAAAUUAGCCGUUUUGCAUUAAAUUAAUUCCUUAUUCUCCUUACUAUUCCACAUACAGUCAGAUUAUUUUUUUCCCCCAA